AUGAACCAAGUGUUUGAAAUUCGUGGCUGUGACAUAAUCCCCGUCCGAGUCCGCUUGGAGAAGAGAUAUCGUGUUCACAGUUGUGCAGUACGAGACGAUCGAAUCUGGGUAUGCGGCUCACGCGACGAUCCUUUCAGCUGCGAGAGCUACGACGAAGAUUUCAAUAUGAAGGAUGAAGGAUACACGCUUUUCCCACAUUCGUACGCCGCCAUGGUUCAUAAUCAACGAGGCCUCACUCUUCUUGGUGGCAUUUCACCAAAAGAAGGAAGAAAUAACAAAGUCGAGCACUAUCAGAAUGGCGCUUGGACAGCAGGUCCGUCUCUGCCAGAAAGAAUUUCAAGUCAUUCUGCUCAUGAUGUUAACGGCGAUAUUUUCGUGAUCGGCGGCUCUAACGCUGACCUUGGAGUGAUGGGCCAGUCGCCACAGGUUUACAUGCUAGGAAAAGAUGCGGAAAAGUGGUCAACGAUGCCACCAUUGAUGCGUGCACGCUCGCAUCAUGCAUCUGUUGCACUUCCUAAUGGAGGAAUAUUUAUCGUCGGAGACGGCUUCACUUUCUCGCCAGUGCAAAUUUACAGAAAUAACCAGACAGAAACCCUUUCAGUGAAACACGGAGCUCGAGCAUUCCCAGCGGCAAUUCACCUCUCCCGUCCUAUGUGUUGA